GUUUAGUUUAGGCAUCCCAUCUAGUUACCACAUUAGCCGGUGAACCGUCAAUAUGUUGUUUGUGUCAGUCUUGGUGCUUGUGUUUGGAUUCAGACAUGGAGAAGCAGUCUGCACUCCUCCCUGUGGAUGUUACAACACAACCGAAGCCCCUUGGAUAGACACGGAUGAUCCAGAGACAUGGGAAACUCAGCAGCUGAAAUAUGAGCUCUACACUCGCUCAAAUAGAGAGAAUGCCAUUCCCAUACGCUGGGACAACAUACCCAACGAAUAUGACGCCACCAAGCCGACAAGGUUCGUUAUCCAUGGUUGGUGGGGACGAACGCCACUCUCUCAUUGGACAAACAACAUGAAGAGCGCACUCCUUACUUCGUUCGAUGUUAAUGUUAUCAUCGUUGAUUGGACCGAGGGUGCGUCUCACGCCUACUAUCCCCAGUCAGCGAUGAACACGAGAGUGAUCGGGGGCUGUACGGGACACUUGGUAGAAACCUUGGUGAACGCUGGUAACACCUGGAAUGACUUCCAUUGUAUUGGACACAGUUUAGGAGGACAAGUAUGUGGGUUCGCAGGCAAAAAGACUGAGGGUAGAAUGGCUAGAGUAACAGGAAUGGACCCCGCCGGUCCAGCAUUUGACAUCACGGACCCAAGAGGUCGCAUUGACCGCGGCGACGCAGUAUUCGUAGACAAUCUACAUACAAAUGCAAACAACGACUACAUUAACCUUGGUCUUGGUCAUCCAGUUGGACACGCCGACUUUUACCCAAAUAAGGGCGGGCCCCAACCACCUUGUGAUGAUUUCAACUGUGAUCACAGUAUCGCCCACGAGUAUAUGAGGACAUCUAUCCUAAAUGGAUGCCCUUUCAAUGCAUUCCCUUGUAGCAGUAACGAAGAUGCUGAUAACGGAAGAUGUGAUACGUGCUCAGAGGGAAAUUGUCAGAGAAUGGGUUACUAUGCCAACACGAUGCCUGGACGAGGAACCUUCUUCCUUAGGACCGUCCGAGCAUACCCCUACUGCGCAGCAUAGCAUUAUUUUAAAAAAUUACUUGUAUAAUAAAUUAUUGAU